AUGUCUGCCUCCGCCCAGCAGCAGCAGCAACAGCAGCAGCAGCAGCAGCAGCAAGGUGCGCCAGGCGGUGCGCAGCACCCCUACGCUCCGCACCUGGAGUGGAGCCUGCUGGCGAUAGGCCAGAUUAUGCGGUGUCUUCACGGCCUGCAGGCCCCCGACAUGCUUCUCGGCCCCAUCGCCCCCCUGGCCCCCGCCUUUGAGAUGGACGCAGUGGAGCGCGCGCUGCGCAGCGGCGGGGAGCGCGACGCCGCCAAGAAGAGCGAAGAGGACGCGGGCACCAUCGCGGGCACCAACCACGCGGCGCUGCGCUACUGGAUGCGGUCCAUCAGGGAGGGCGCCUACAUGGUGCUGUCCUACGCCGCGCAGGGCGUGGGCGCGCCGCUCUGGCUCAACCAGCGCCUGGCGGCCGCGCUCCCGCAGGACCUGGCGGCCUACGUGGAGUCGAUGGACGAGCGCCACAUCCGCAUCCUGCUGCGCCACGCGGUCACGCCGCUGGUGACGCACUGCCCGGUGGCAGUGCGGCCGCCGUGGCUGCUGCCUGUCUUCUCUGUGCUGCUGCCCAACAUGCACCGCAGAUUAACAGACGGCUGGGCGCGCGUCGCCGCCAGCGGCGGCAGCGCCGCCGACGGCGCGACCCCCGCGCCGGCGGCCCCCCAGCAGCAGCAGCAGCAGCAGCAGCAGGCGCCCGAGCAGGACGCGGCGCAGCAGCGGCGAUUAUCGGACGAGGUCGUGGCUGAGUCGGUGCUGCGCGACGCGUCGCGAGAAUACAUGGCACUGCUGGCCAGG